ACUGUACCACGAACAGUGUCACUCGGACCGGUCUCGUGAACGGAUACGACUCCUAAUCUCGCGCACGCGCGUCAAAUCCAUUGUGUAUGGUAUAAUCGGUUUGAAAAACAACAGUUAUAAAUAUUAUUCGAUCGACGGCCAUGGGUAGCGUAGGAUCCGCUCGCCACUUGUUGACAGUGGCGACAAUGAUCGCAGCAAUCGCGCUGUGCUGUGCGGCCGCGGUGGGCGGUGGGACCAGACCUAGUCCCAGCAACAUCGCCGUGUCUACCCGGUCGUCGAUACUGGCUAAAUUACCGCAACCGCAGUUACCGAAAUUUCCGAUAAUCUACACGUUCGGGAAGGCCCGGACGACGCGACCGCCGAUGACAAAUUUUCCGACUCUUCUGGACGGUAAACAGCAAGAGUCGCAGCGACCUGCGCCCCAGCAACAACAACAGCCGCAACAAACACCUCAGCCACAGAAGCGCCCACCGAAACCGACGACGGAAGAACGACCUGACGGACGAGUUCCGUACCAGUUUCCGUUGACGACGACGAUGGCGGCGGCAAACGCCUCUUCCGUGACGACUUCACCGAGACCAAAGGUGGAGACGACCACCCAAGAGCGAUCCAUCAUCACAGCACCGCUUAAAGCGUGUCCCGAAGGACAGCGGAUGAGUCCUGACCGGACCUGCCAACCCGACUUCAGCGACCCCGAGAGCGACCAAACCCAUUAGUCGACCGACCGAACUGCGCAAACUGCCGUAGUGAAUAUUGUACGUCUAUAGUAGCACUAUAUUUUAUACGUCGAUACUGCGAUUAAUAUUGUUACGCGAUUUAUUUUACAGACAUUAAGUUCUUACUCCCGUGUACUACGUGUAAUAUACAUAAUCAUACCACUA